UGUUGGAUUUGAUUUAACCUGUAGUUUUUUCUAUGAUUCUCCAUUUCAGCUCACCGUUGGAAGCUCCCGACACAUUGAUUGCUCAAGGAUAUCCAAAGUCUAUUGAUGGUUAAACAUUAAUCAUUGUAAUAUAAUGCUCUACAGAGAAAAGGAAAGAGUUUGACUAAUCUUCAACAGACUCUCCAUUUUAAACAUGCUGUGGCAGCGUACAGGCCUACCGCCUGGGAGGACGGAACACUACCACUCAACCCCCGCUGCAACUCUUCUGCAGUAAAACCUCGCAAUCCACAAGUACUUCUCUGCAGCUGCCACCACAACCUCUACUUUCUAUAACUAACGUUCCAUUUCUGCAGUAGAGUUGACAACCACAGCUAUGGACGCUAAGAAACCCACCUCACUGAAGCACAUAUUAUUCCUAUCACUCUCCAUUAGCCUACUCACCGGAAUCCUCUCAGUAUCCCUUGCCUUCAGCAUGACACCUUCUGUACUACUCUGACCCUGGCAACCUCAACCUGCCAUUCUCUCACCAGACACAUCCAACUUCCAGCACCAUGGGCACCCUCACAGCUAACACACAGCUAACACAACUAUACAUUCCUUCGUCUAAUGCGCUCCUGCACAUCUAGGAAUCUCCUUCCUACACACUGCUGCAACAUGACCAUAAGCUUGACACCUUUAACAACGUAAUGGGUUUGGGACAAAAGCUCUCACGGGAUUACUGACACAUCCUAACUUAACUUUGUCGGAUAAAGACUCCAUAAAAAAACUCAUCAGGACAGACAGUCUUCUCUGUCAGCACGCUCUCCACCAGGUCUGCUUCGCACCAAACGGCAGGUGUCAAAUACACCAGGAAUCUUCCAUUUCAAUUGCUCCUCCUCAACACUUAAUGCCACCCAGUUAUAACUCCGUUCAAUGGCACCCUGCUCCGGAGUUCUUGUCCCUAAGCGCUUGGUUCGGAGUGCCCGCUCCCUCUGGACAAAAAGACCACCACGAGUCUACCUCAAGUUACUUUCAUCAACUCAGCAGUCCCCAACCUCUCACUCAAACUCAUCCUCAUCAUCAUUGGGACGAGGCUCAACCUCGACCAUCUUCACCACACCUGCCACCGCAGGUGCAUAAUGGGACCUUUGAUCCAGCAAGUCUGUUUGUUAACAUUCCUCAUCCUCUUUAAUGCCUGUUCAUCUGUUGCAGAUAAGCAGCUUGUUGUCCCUCCUGACCCUGUAGUUACCUCUGCUGGUCAUGACGUCAUCCUUCCCUGUCACCUGUCUCCUCAAACCAGUGCUGUUAACAUGGAUAUCAGGUGGUUUAAGGAAGGAGAAUUCGCUAACCCCCUGUACCUGUAUUUGGAUGGAAAGGUAACAGAGGGGAAAGGCUAUGAGGGUAGAGUGAGUGUGUUCACUCAGGAGCUGGAGAAAGGCAAUAUAUCACUGCUGCUGAAUAAUGUCAUGGCUUCUGAAAGGGGAAGGUACAAAUGCCAWGCCAGCUACAUGGACUGGAUUCAGGAACUGCCUGUUGUGCUACAGGUUAAACAGCAGGGCAGUGUCCCCAGGAUCUCCAUGAGGAAGCACCACAGAGUGUUCAUCCAGCUCAGCUGUAGCUCAGAGAACUGGUACCCAGAGCCUGACAUGUUGUGGACAGACAGCAGUGGGAAGGAGAUCACCUCAGCAGAGACAGAGAGACCCAAACAGAAGGAGGGGGGUGUCCUGUACUCCAUAACCAGUCACAUGAGAGUAGGGAUGGACCAACUGGAGGGGGUCACMUGUGUGGUGAUGUCACAGUACCAGGGAACCAAGAUGGAGUCUAAACUGCAGAUGACUGAGGAAUUCUACAUGAGCAGUCUGCCUGACAGGGUGUACAUCUCUGCAUUUAUGAUUCCUGUGUUUCUGGGACUGCUGUGUAUCACUGCAUCUGUUUUCUCCUUACUCCAUCAGAGAAGAGUUGUUCGAGAAAAACUGAAUCCUUUGGACGAUAUGAAAACAAAAUUAAAAGCUAUGGAUCAAGAGCUCAUCAAAAAGACAGAGGAAGUCACUUAUAAGGAUCAGUUAAUGGGAAUUACUCAAACAAUCCCAGACUCUGUUUGGAGCUUGAUGGUUGAUCAUGCAGUGGAUGUGACUUUCGACCCUGACACUGCACAUGUCAAACUCUCUUUAUCUGAUGAUAACAAAUGUCUCAAAUUUGGAGAAUUAAAAGAAAAAAAGGAUUGUGAGAAUUUCAAAGAAAAAAGCAAAGGCACUAAAAACAAGUUUACAUUUAAUCAAUGUGUCCUGGGAAUGGAAGGAUAUGACAAAGGUACACAUUACUGGGAGGUUGACCUGGGGAAGAAGAGCCAGUGGAGUGUUGGGAUCGCUCAGGACACAGAGAAGAGAGACAACAUCCAAAUGUAUCCAGACACUGGCUUCUGGAGCGUAUGUUACAAAGAUGGAGAACUGAAAACAGUUGAACAGUCUCCCACUUUCCUUCCCAUUGAACUGAAACCUGAGAAGCUGGGAGUUUUAGUGGACUAUGAAGGGGGACAGAUAACAUUUUUCAAUGUGGAGAAGAGGUGCCACAUCCACUCCUUCAUCUAUGGCAAGUUUUCUAAGAAACUCUAUCCGUUCUUUGGUCCUUUGAUUGAUUGUAAAGAGGAACUCAAAAUCUCACCUGUGGUACAAAGAGACAAAUCCUCAACCUCUGAGAACUGUUAGUGUUAAUAAUGGAAGAUGACAAAGUCAUUGAAUAGAAAGGUAUUUAGAUCCCAAAGCUUAUUGUAAUUAUAAUAAUCUUAUAAUAUUAAUAUUAUAAUUUAAAGCUGAAAAUGUAAAUCUUAAAAUGUAGCUUUUACACAUGUUAGUUUUAAAGUGUAGAAUAUACACUGAGUGUACAAAAUAUUAAGAACACCUUCCUAAUUCUGCCGUCAGAACAGCCUCCUUUCAUUCUAC